GCUUACAAUAUUACAAAAAAAUGGAAUUUCUCCAACGCUUAUUAUACACCGCUCUGAGUGUUGUCUCCAUUUUCUAUUUUAUCGUCAAGACAAGCCUAUCGCACUGGAAACGGCGUGGCAUUUUACAUGAGAAGCCGAAAUUCUUGGUGGGCAAUUUAAGAGGCGUUGGAACCAAACGUCACAUCAGCGCUGUGCUGGAGCAAAUAUACGAAAAGUACAAAGGACAAGCCCCCUUCAUAGGCUGUUAUGCAUACUUAAAACCAAUGGUUCUAGUAUUAGAUUUGGAGUUGGUGCGGAAUGUACUUGUAACACAUUCUGACAACUUCAGGGAGCGUGGCGUAUUCGGCAAUGCCCCGCAUGAUCCGCUUUCUGCAAAUUUAUUGCAACAAGAUGGAGCGGCGUGGCACCGCUUAAGCAUCGCUGUAUGUCCAACAUUUGAAGAGGAGCGUAUAUCUCAGAUGCUACCCACUUUGGAAAGGGUUGCGGCUACCAUGCAUCGCUCUUUGACACAGUCGCAGCCACCUAAUGCAGUACCAAUAGAUAAACUAGUGGACUGCUACAAUAUCGACGUAAUUUCGACAUUGGCUUUCGGUAUAAGUGGCGAGACACUACUAAAUACCGAUACAGAAUUCCGCCGUAUGGCGCGAAGUUACCUCAAAGACUUCAAUAUGUUUCGAUUAUAUUUCCUUAUGUACUUUCCAAAUUUGGCACGUUUGUUGCGCUACAAGAACUAUGAACAAGCUGCCACCGACUACUUUCUCAAGCUGGUGCGGCAGAAGCUAUUUGAGCAAGAGUGGAGUCGCAUAGAUAACCGAAAUAGUUUUUUUCAAAUGUUCGCUGAACUAAAACGACAUCGAGAUCCGGAAAGGCGUUUGAGUGACGAAGAAAUAGCAGCACAGGCUUUUUCAUUUAUUUUGAUGGGCCUGGAGACAUGCAACUCAGCGAUGACAUUCUGUCUGUACGAAUUGGCGCUUCAGCCGGAUUUACAGCGUCUGGUACGUGAAGAGAUACGCGGUGUAUGCAGGCAAAAUGAAAAUGGCAUGGACAACGCGAAAUUGAAGCAGAUGCGUCUGCUGAAACAAUGCCUAGACGAAACCCUGCGCAAACAUACGCCCUAUGCCUUUUUGUUGCGGAAUACCAACGAAGAUUACGAAGUACCAAACUCGGUUUUCAUGCUAUGCACAGACAAUCAUCUGGUUAUUCCUGUAGCGGCGAUACACCGUGAUCCGGAGCUUUAUCCCGAGCCAAACAAGUUCGAUCCAGAACGUUUUAAUAAGGAAAAUGUGAAGAGACGUCAUCCGAUGGCUUUUCUGCCAUUCGGAGUCGGUAGGAGAUACUGCCUGGCGCAAAAAUUCGCCGAAAUGCAAAUGCUCGUUGGUCUCGCCUCAUUGUUGCGUGACUUCAGUUUCAGUCCAUGUCCAGAAACUCCGAUUCCACUAGUGUACGACAACACACGCUUUGUACUUGCUCCAAAGGGACAACUCAAGUUGGCGGUUCAACAUGUGUAGAUGUCUACCACAAGUGCGACUUAAAUAAAAAUAAAAAAAAACAUUCUUAAAAAUUUUGUAUGAUACUUUUUUUCUUAAA